AAGAAUGGCAAUAAUAUACAUACUCUUGAUGGCAAUUAUUUGCUUUUUGACCAUCUUGGUGCUCAGAUGGCAAAAACAGAAACCAUUCCCUGGUCCAAAGGGCUGGCCUGUGCUGGGAGUUUUGUUGGAGCUGGAUCUUAACCGCCUUUAUAUCACAUUUGAUAAAUGGGGGACACUUUACGGUGACGUUUUUCAAUUCAUGUGUCUUGGCAGAAAGUUUGUCUGCGUUAACUCGUCAGACAUCAUACGUGAUAUUCUUCUCCAUGAGCCAACGGCAACACAUAUGGCCGGACGACCUGAAAUUUUCGUUGAGAAAUAUUUUUAUAUGCACAAAAAUGAUGUUGUUUUUUCACCGCCGGAUAAGCAGUGGGCAAAACGAAGGAAACUUUUGUACAAGAUGUUGAACGCUUAUGGCGAAGGCUUGGUAAAGAUUGAACAUCUGAUUAAAGAGAACUUGCUUGCCAUGAAGGACGUUAUUGAUACCUAUAAUGGUCAUACUAUUGAUCCUAGUAGUCUUGUGGAGAGAUUCAUUUUGGACACGGUUGAAGUUUUGUUGAUUGGAAAAAGUUCAGGAAAGCAUGGGGAGCUGAAAGAGAUAAUGAAGGACUUAGACGUCUUCGUUAAUGAGAGCCAUAAUCUAGGACCUGACAUGCUGUAUAACACUUUUCCCUUUCUUCGGUUUCUUCCUUUUCAACACACAAAAAACCUAGAAAACUUACAAAAGACAAAGAAUAAAAUGAUGGAUAUGCUAGAGAAGAUAUCGAACAAUCAUCCUGAAAGCACAGGUGUAUAUCUGUUACUAAAGAAACUGCUCCAAGAACGAGAUAAAUCCGGGCAACCAUGGUUCAGUGAAGUCAACCUGUGGUGUUUAAUUGUCAACAUCGUUUCAAGCACGUACUUGACAUCCAGAGGAACCCUGCUUUCUCUGAUACAAAUUUUGGCAAAACGACCUGACCUCCAGAAGUCUAUACAAAGAGAAAUCGACAAUGUUAUUGGUGUUGCUAGGGAACCCGAUCUAAAAGACAGACAGCAGUGCCACCUGGUGGAGGCCGUGAUAUUGGAAACACUUCGUUAUAUUCCAGUUUCUCCCGUCGCUUUCCAUAGCACAACUGACGACACAGAAGUGAAUGGUGUGCUGGUGGAGAAGAAUACUACGGUUCUUUGUAAUUUUUGGACUGUGCAUCAUAGUGAAAAAGAAUGGAAAGAUCCUCUCUCUUUUAACCCUGAAAGGUUCCUACAGGAAGACGGAAGUUUGUUACCUUCUACAGAUCCUGCAAGGAAAAGGAUACUUACAUUUGGAUUGGGAAAGCGUAGCUGUAUCGGUGAAGUGUUUGCUAAGUCCCGGAUGUUCCUAUUUGUGGCUACUCUUCUACAGAGCUUUUCAAUCCUGGAACCAGAGGACAAAACACUUCCAGAUCUUCUACCGGAUGAGUUGGCAGUUGGAAUCAUUUUACAACCCAAUCCAUAUAAAGUUCGCUUUGUUUCGAGAAAAGUAUAGAAUAUUGUAAACGUAGUACAUUUGGCUGUGUAUUCUUUUUAGCACUUUUGGCGGAAAGAAACUUCCGCCAAUUCAACUACAACGCUAAAUCUCUUGCACAUAUAUGCAUAAAUAAGAACAUUUAGAAAUGCGCUAAAUCAAGACUACGCUAACUUGUUCAAAAAUCAAAUUCCGCUAAAUAUCGCACACGUUAUAUAUAAUACAUAUACAGUAUACCCUGUAUACAUUUAGUUUGCAAUCAUAUUAUAUGAUCAAACUAUUUUGACUGAUUUUAAUUUCGAACUUUAAUUCAAUAAUGAUUCUAUUAAAAAACGUUUCUUUUGGUGUACUUAAGCUUACUCUGGUAUAAAAUUUCUUCGGGUAAAAAAAAUCGUAUUCAUAUUACAUGUAAUUAUGUAUAAAUCGCACAGACUUAAUUGUCACAAAAUGCCAGCAAAAAUACGAUAACGAUUUGAAAUUCCCACAGCUCUUUAUUAGACCUGAGUAUACUUUAAAAAAAGCAUGUUCACAGGUAACAUAGUAAAUAAGCCAAACAAAAAAGGCAAAUGUCAAUAUUUACAAUUGUGUAUCAGUAUAUCAAGUGUACAAAGAUGCCAUUAUUAUACAAGCAUUUCAUUAAUUGUUUUAAAUUUACUAAACAAAAUGUAGACGACAUAUUAAUAACAUUAAAAAUUUGUUGUUUUGUGUU